ACGGCCCUGGUGGACGAGGUGAAGGCCCUCUGCAGGACGGACCCGGCCGCCAAGGCGGCCUGGUGCGCCUGGUGCGACCACCCCCGCACCGGCACACGGGCGGCACGAGGGACCCCAACCGCCUGGACGCCGCGGCCCUCAGCGCCUUCCUCGCCGGCUACGCGGACGGCUCCCUGCGGGGCGAGGCGGCGUGCCCGCCCGGCGCGCCGGAGAGGUCAGGCACCGAGCUGGCGGCCCUGGCCGAGGCGGUGAAGGUCGGGCAGCGCUGCUCCCAGGAGUGGAAGAGCGCCUGGGUGCAGUUCUGCGGGUCCAGGGGCGAGAGGACUCGGGAGGAGGAAAGGGAGUUCCUGGUGUCCUACCUCGACUUCGUGGGCUCGGCCGCGGCGCGGCUGCUGCAGGCUGGCGGCGGCGCCGGCGGCGGCGGCCUCGGCUGGGGGCACCCGGCCCAGCCGCCCUUCGCGCAGGGGAAGCGCAGGGGCAAGCCCGGCAGGGGCGCGGUGGCCGGGCCGGCCUCCCCGCUGGGCGGCCCGCCCGCCAAGCGCCCGCGCAUCGGGGAGGUCGCGCCGCCGCCCGGCAGCCGGGCAGCGCAGCCGGUGCAGGGCCCGUGGGAGGAGGAGCUGGUCCGGAGGGUGAAGGCCUUGCAGAAGGCGGACCCGGGCGCGAACCAGUGGUGGAAGGAGUUCUGUGACGAGCACGCGAGCGGCACGUACGACCCGACGCGCCACACGGCGGACACGCUGGAGAUGUUCCUUGCGAGCACGGCUGGCUGA